CUUGCAGAAGUUCACCCUGCUGUGUCUGAAAAGCUUAGUUGCUCGUGUUGCGGACGCUGUGCUGCUAGUGUCAGGAAACUAGAAUAAUAUCUCAGUUUCUGUCAUGUCUUUGUCAUUCGAGGGGAGGGUCGUGCUUGUCACUGGGGCCGGAGGAGGCCUUGGCAGGGACUAUGCACUGGCUUUUGCUGAAAGAGGCGCCUCAGUUGUAGUGAAUGACCUUGGGGCAGACAUUAAAGGGGGCGGAAAGAGUUCUGCAGCUGCUGAUAAGGUGGUGGAGGAGAUAAGAGCCAAAGGAGGCAAGGCUGUGGCGAACUAUGAUUCUGUAGAAGAUGGAGAAAAAUUGAUCAAAACAGCACUGGAUGCAUUUGGAAGAAUAGAUGUUGUCGUAAACAAUGCCGGGAUACUUCGUGACCGGUCAUUUGCCAGGACGAGUGAUUUGGACUGGGACCUUAUUCAAAGAGUUCACUUGAGAGGCUCCUUCUUGGUGACGCGAGCUGCCUGGAACCACAUGAAAAACCAAAAGUUUGGCAGAAUCAUCAUGACGUCUUCAGCUGCCGGCAUCUAUGGUAACUUCGGCCAGGCCAACUACAGCGCUGCCAAGCUGGGCAUGCUGGGGCUGGCAAACACUUUGGCCAUCGAGGGACGCAAGUACAACGUCCAUUGUAACACUAUUGCUCCGGUUGCUGCGUCACGUCUUACAGAGACCGUCAUGCCCCCAGACAUUUUGGCGUUUCUGAAGUCUGAGUAUGUUGCUCCCAUGGUCCUCUGGCUCUGUCAUGAACAAUGUCAAGAAAAUGGAGGACUAUUUGAGGUUGGUGCAGGUUGGAUUGGUAAAUUGCGCUGGGAGCGUUCCCAGGGCUGCAUUGUGAGACAGAAGAACCAACCCAUGACUCCGGAGGCUGUCAGGGACCAGUGGGACAAAAUCUGUGAUUUUACUGAUGCCACCAAGCCCGCUAGUGUACAAGAGUCUCUACAGUCAAUUAUAAGUGUGCUGUCUGGAGUGGAGUCAGAGGGAGAAGUUGGUGCAAAUCCAACAGCAGCGGCAGCCUCACAUUCAGCAAUCAAUCCUACUGAGGCAGUGGGACAAAAACUACCUCCGUCCACUUUCAGCUUCACCCACACCCAGUGUAUCCUGUAUGCGUUGGGUGUUGGCAUGUCAACCCAGGACCCUGACCAUCUUAGGUUCCUGUAUGAAGGCCAUCCAGACUUUUGCAGCCUCCCUACCUUCGGGGUCAUUCCCGCCCAGGCAGCCAUGAUGGAUGGCGGGCUGAGCUCGAUCCCUGGACUCAACAUAGAUUUUACACAGGUUUUGCAUGGAGAGCAGUAUCUGGAGCUUUACAAACCUUUGCCAACCUCAGGUAAACUUACCACGGAGGCCACUGUAGCAGACGUGUUGGACAAAGGAUCUGGAGCCGUCGUCCUCUUGGACGUGAACACCUACAGUGGCGAUGAGCUGAUCAGCUACAACCAGUUUUCUGUGUUUGUGGUUGGAGCUGGAGGGUUUGGAGGGAGGAGAACCUCUGAGAAAGCCAAAGCUUCUCUGCCUCCACCUAAACGGGCACCAGAUGCUGUGGUAAUUGAUUCUACCACAAGAGACCAAGCGGCCUUGUACCGUCUGAGUGGAGACUGGAACCCUCUUCAUAUAGACCCCAGCUUUGCUGCCAUGGGAGGCUUCAAGGCUCCCAUCCUGCAUGGCUUGUGCUCAUUUGGCUUCGCUGCGAGACACGUCCUCAAGCAGUUUGCCGACAAUGACCCCUCCAGAUUCAAGGCUAUCAAGGUUCGCUUUGUGAAACCGGUGAUGCCGGGUCAGUCGCUUCAGACUGAGAUGUGGAAGGAAGGCAACAGAAUUCACAUCCAGUGCAAAGUGAAAGAGACAGAUGCCAUUGUGCUAGCCGGGGCCUACGUGGAUUUACAUGGCACAUCAGAGGCUUCUCCAGAAAAUCUCCCUCAAGGAGGAGGCCUUCAGAGUGAGCUGGUGUUUGCAGAGAUUGGCCGUCGCAUUAAAGACUUGGGCUCAGAGCUGGUCAAGAAGGUGAACGCUGUUUUCGGCUGGGAGAUCACCAAAGACGGCAAGAACGUUGCACAGUGGACCAUUGAUCUGAAGAACGGCAGUGGCUCCUUGCAUAAAGGCCCUUACAGUGGGAAGGUGGAUGUGACCAUCACAGUGUCAGAUGAAGACUUCAUGGAGGUGGUGCUGGGGAAACUCAACCCUCAAAAGGCGUUCUUCUCUGGCAAGCUGAAGGUUAGAGGGAACAUCAUGCUGAGUCAGAAGCUGGAGGUCAUCCUGAAGGACUACGCCAAGCUGUGAGUGCCUCGGCCAGCCAAUCAGAUGACUCCAGGAACUAACCAACCUACCCGCUCUGUCCGUCUGUCUACUCUUCUUGCCCUGAUUGGUAUCUGUGCACUUAACAUGCUUUGCCUCUCAAAGGAAACUCACGAAGAAUUAGCGGUAAGAUUAGUACUACUUCAGAAUGAAUUUUCUCAGAUACAUUUUCAGUUUUGUUACAAAAUAACAGACACCUUGAUCAAAUGAAAGGUUUUCUCCAUUGUUUAACAAGGAUCCAGAUAUUCAAACAAUGUUUUGUCAUGUCGUCAGUAAGAAAGAAGCAGUAAUAAUUCAGUGUCAUUUCUGCUGGUUACUUGGUUUAGUUUACUUGGUUGGGUCCUCGCUAAAUGUGCACUUAACACACCUGCCUUUUAAAGAUCCAAAUAAGAAAUUAACCAUUUUUAUAAAUGUAGUUAAAUUUCACUUAAAGUCAAUAAUAUUUUGUACUGCAUACAAAAUGUAUCACAAGCAUCUACUAAAGUGAACCAAAGUACUGCCUCCCACUGGGUGAAUGUACUGAAUGAGGCGAUAACGGUUACAAGCUAAACUGGUUUUAAAGCUCAAUCAGACAUAAUGUUAUAUUUCAAUGGUCUGUUAUUUCAUUAUGAUGAUUAAUUCACCAGUAUGUUAUGUCAGAAACAGUUAUGUACCUGAUCGCUACAGAAACCUUAUGAGAUGUGGUAGAGGUUGCUAGCUCUGUAAAAUAAAUAAAAAAUAAAAAAAUUAUUUCCACUUAAUUUCUAAUGUUGGUUCAAUUGAAAUUAAAUUCAGUGGUUGCUCUUGUGUGAAAAUAAAGUAAUUCAGACUAAAAUCUGA